CAUAAACGUCUUUUGUUCAUCACUGAAAAGCUUCCGUUUGGAAACAAAUACGACACAUUACAGUGCAACACGCUGAAACAACGUGACCUUCCUCCAGAUAUGAACAAUCUUGUUCGUUAACACAUGGUGGAUCGUCAAAGCGUGGAUGUAUUCCGGUUUUACCUAUCAAGACAGGAUAACGUGAAUUGAUUCAUUUAAAAAAUGCUUCGACAUUUAUUCACUAAAGGUUGUAAUGGAUUACGGAUUAGUUGUCAUUUAGUGCCACGCAGGAGGCACGUACGGAGUGUCUUGCCCCUCACCUGCGCCGGACUACAACAAAUAUCCAUCCGCCGCUUCUGUGCGGGACACCCUGCAGAGAAAGAUGCUCUCCAAACCAAAGAGGACAAAUCAGGGCAAGCAGAAUCAAUAAAUUUGAAUCAAUGGAAGAUGGUUAUGAGAUCUCAAGCUAAAAAAGUUGAUGAAGACUUUGAAGGGAGCAAAGAUGAAGAUCUGGAUGAAGAUGGAGAUGACUGCAAGCCCAGUUCUUCUCUGGAAGCAACCCGUGAAAUGGUGUCAAUGUGGCGACAAGCAGGUAAACUUGUGCCUCAAGAAAUGACUGAAGAUGAGGUUCAAACGUUGUCUGAGCUCACUACCAAGUCCUCCAGAAAGAAGUAUCUAAAGUAUCUGGCUAUCAGGGAGGGCCACAGACUGUCCCGCAAGGAGAAACAGGUGCAGAGGAGAGCAGAAAGAGAAGCUGCAGUGAAAGAGAAAGAAAACAGUGCAGAUGAUGGAUCUGAUCAGGAGGGGAGCAAAAUCCAAAACUCACUUUUCCUUAAGUUUUGGGGACAUUCUUUUGACAGAGUGUAUGCUUGGAGAAUUGCUCAGGCCAUGCUGUUCGACCAACCACUCGUGUUUGACUUCAGCUACGAGUCCAACAUGUCUCGGCGAGAGGUAGAAAACACGGUGUCCCAGAUGCUGGAGGUGGAAGGGUGGAACCGGCGUGCCAUCAACCCCUUUCACCUCCAUUUCUGCAACCUGCAGCCAGACGGGUCUUACCACCGGGAGUUGGUCAAACGGUACACUCCAGAAGUUUGGGAUCGCUUGCUCGUCACCAGCACUGAGCGCCACUAUAUUGAUCUGUUCCCCAGAGAACAGCUGGUCUAUCUCACUGCAGACUCGCCCAACGUUCUGCACUCCUUUGACCACUCCAAGAUCUACAUCAUCGGAGCCUUGGUGGACCGGUCAAUCCAGCCAGGGCUGUCCCUGGCUAACGCCAAGCGCCUAAAGCUGGCCACGGCACGCUUACCUCUGGAUGAGUUUCUUCACUGGGAAAGUGGAGCCAAAAAUUUGACUCUGGAUCAGAUGAUCCGUAUCAUGCUCUCUAUCAAGGUCACUGGGAAAUGGGAGGAAGCGUUAACGUUUGUGCCUGGGAGGAAGCACGAUGGUUUCUACCAACACCAGACAAAACCUUUGAGUACAAAUAAGACAACCAGAGGUUUCACAAAUCAGAGACAGAGAGAGCAUGCUGACAGGCCACUAAAGUUUAAAAAGAGACAGGAGGAAAGGACAUUUACGACCCCCAACCUGUCCAAAUGGGAGCUCAGUGGAGACAGAACGAUUGGUGCUAAAGAAAAAUCUUCGUCUGGUACUAGAAUACGGACAUCACUGAAAAGUAACAUGGAAAACAGAAAAGGUGCAGAUAGAAGCAAGACGGGGUGGCAAGAUGACUGAUGUAAACAAAUGUUGGUCAACGAAAAAUGUAUUUGUGUCUGUUUUUAUAAAAUGUUAAAUUUAGGCAAAUAAAAGGUUGGAAUUUGGUGUU